UGGUUUGACGAAGAUAAAAUGUGUCUUUUCCUUCACAAAGAGCACAAAGUGAACUUAAAAAAAAAAAAAAUUAAAUACCAAAUAAUUUUUUUGGAUUUAAAAAGAGGAAAAAAAUGACACCAUUUUAGCAGCGUAACAGGAGGGGACAGAGUCUUCUUGCUUUGUGUCAUUUUUGAACGAAAGUACUGGAUCUGAACUGGUUUGUCCGCCUUGUGUAGCUUUUUUGUGGGUUCUUUUGCCCCCUCAAAGUGUCCUCUGGACCCGUGGUCCCGGCCAUGGUGGUCUGAAAAGAGGGAGGCAGCGUGCUUGUGUGAGUGUGUCUUCACUCAAAGGACCCCGGGAGCAGCAUUGAGAAGCAGUACCGUUUUUCCACGCUCCAUUGCGCCAUGACUGACAACAGGGAACUGGUUGUGUUCUACAUUAGCUAUAAACUCUCGCAGAGGAACUACCCGCUCAGCCACAUGGGACUCAUAGAGGUGUCCAACAGGACUGAUGGGGGGGAGGAAGGCUCGGGGGCCGGGGAGCCGCGGGUGCCGACGCACGCCAACAGGACUUUAAACGGGACCAGCCCGCCGCCGCCGCCGUCGCCGCUGCGUGAGGCGUCGAGCGCGACCGGCCUGGACGCGGUCAAGGAGGCCCUGCGGGACUCGGCCAACGAGUUUGAGCUGCGCUACGCCCACGCCUUCAGCGACCUGCACAACCAGCUGCACAUCACGCCGGCCACGGCCUACCAGAGCUUCGAGAACGUCAUGGACGAGGUGUUCCGGGACGACGUCAACUGGGGUCGCAUCGUGGGUCUAUUUGCGUUCGGCGGGGCGCUCUGCGUGGAGUGCAUGGAGAAGGAGAUGAGCCACCUGGUGGGCCGGAUCAUUGAGUGGAUGACCGUCUACCUGGACCUCCACAUUCAGCCCUGGAUAGAGAGCCAAGGAGGAUGGGAACGCUUUGCCGAGAUCUUCGGUCAGGACGCGGCCGCCGAGGUGCGCAAGUCCCAGGAGAGUUUCAAGAAGUGGCUUCUGGCCGGGAUGACGCUGGUGACCGGCGUGGUGGUCGGCUCGCUCCUCGUCCAGAAACGCCUGUGAUGACCCCCCCCCCCCCCCCCCAACGUCUGAAAACACACACAGACACACACGCACACACACACACACACACACACACACACACACACACACACACACACACACACUUACAUAGUUGUCCCUCCCACUAGUGGCCAUCAUACAUGUCCUUGUUUCUAGGCGUUAACCUUUGACCCACAUUCUCCUCGUCCUCCAAAUGUCGUUCGUCUUUUUGUUGCCUAACCAGCGAUAAUCAUGAGUAAAUCGUCGCUCGUAUGGAAAAUAGUCCGUCCCAGGGUCAAGCUGUCCCCAUGAGAGACUUGCAACAUUAAAGACGUGGGAUGAAUCUUUAACCUGCUCACAUUGUAGCGAGUUCUGUGGUUAUCAUCACCCUUUUCCUGCCACCCCCACGCAAAACGGCACAUGUGGUGUCAAAAGUAAUCCAUUACAAAUGUAAUCCUCUGGUAAAAGUACUGAGUAGUGUGACAGUGCAGGGCGUAUUCAUCUUAGAUAUAAACAAUAUGUCUUGAUGAUGUCAUGGUGACAGCAUAUUCAUCUUGGAUAUAAACAAUGUCUUGAUGAUGUCAUGGGGACAAUAUUCAUCUUAGAUAUAAACAAUAUGUCUUGAUGAUGUCAUGGUGACAACAUAUUCAUCUUAGAUAAACAAAAUGUCUUGAUGAUGUCAUGGUGACAACAUAUUCAUCUUGGAUAUAAACAAUAUGUCUUGAUGAUGUCACGGGGACAAUAUUCAUCUUAGAUAUAAACAAUAUGUCUUGAUGAUGUCAUGGGGACAAUAUUCAUAUUGGAUAUAAACAAUAUGUCUUGAUGAUGUCAUGGUGACUACAUUCAUCUUGGAUAUAAACAAUGUCUUGAUGAUGUCACGGGGACAAUAUUCAUCUUAGAUAUAAACAAUAUGUCUUGAUGAUGUCACGGGGACAAUAUUCAUCUUAGAUAUAAACAAUAUGUCUUGAUGAUGUCAUGGGGACAACAUUCAUCUU